GGCCCUGAUGACAAAGAAAAAAUGGAAGGUGUAUUUUGCUGACCAGGUUCGAAAGAGCUGGGUCACACUUCUGCUGCACCUGCAAGACCCAAACCCCAAGGUUUCAAUGGAAUGCAAAGCUACAUUUCACCUCUGUUUCCCGUUUUUGGGACUGAAGAGACUCCAAAGUACAAUUAAUGAGCACCUUGGUGGCACAGCCGAGUUAAAGCCUGAAAAGCUCCAGGUGGACAUUUGCAGACACCUUGUCAAAGAGAAUGCAGAGCUGCUGGAGAACUUAUACAAAAACACCAUCAUGUACUUCUAUAGCAGCUGGGAAGAGAUCCGGGCAGUUGCCGCCAAGUUAGCUGGCAUCAUCCUGGAACACACAGACACUCAGCGUAUGAAAUGGCUGGACCUGGAACAUCUGCUGAUGUCUCUCCAGGUCCUAGAGAAAGACCCAAGUCCCACUGUCCAGCUGGUGGCAACUGAGCUCAUAAGUGACAUCUGUCCUGGCUGAGCGCUUGGCGAAUGAAGCAGAACGGAGACAAACAGAAUAAGGCGCUCCAGUAGUAUAAGGGCCCUACCAUCAAUCAAAUGUUAACUCUACCCCUUGGCCCCGUAAGCCCUGCUCACCGGUCACCAGAAGACCCACCCCAUGGGGUAUUACUUCCAGGGUCAAGACAGACACAUGAUCGGAAGCAAGGUUUGUCAUGUGACCCCUCUAAGAACUCCUCCCACUGUCCUCUACCAAUCAGGAUGGGUUUCACACCCAUAGGAACA